CACCACAUCACGUGACAUCAUCUGACAGCCAGAGGAGGAACACUAACAUGGCGGUGUGCAUAGCAGUGAUCGCGAAAGAGAACUACCCGCUGUAUAUCCGCAGUGUUCCCACUCAAAAUGAGCUGAAGUUUCACUACACAGUGCACACCUCUCUGGAUGUUGUAGAGGAGAAGAUCUCUGCGGUGGGCAAAUCUUUAGGGGACCAGAGAGAGCUGUACCUGGGUCUGCUCUACCCCACUGAAGACUACAAAGUAUAUGGGUAUGUCACUAACUCCAAGGUGAAAUUUGUCAUCGUUGUGGACUCGUCCAAUACGUCAUUACGUGACAAUGAAAUCAGAAGUAUGUUCAGAAAAUUACACAACUCUUUCACAGAUGUAAUGUGCAACCCAUUCCACAAUCCUGGCGACUCCAUUCAGUCAAAAGCCUUUGAUGGCAUCGUAUCUGGAAUGAUGGUUCAAACCGGCUGAGUCCCAUUUCAUCACUUCUUCUGAACCCCCCCCUGUACAGAAAACCCCCUAUUGAAAUUUUUGUUUACAUUUUGUCUUGCUUACAGAAAUGCCUAUGAAAUAAAUCUGCAAUGUUGUUCCAA